AUGAGCCUAGUAUCCGAUUCCGAUGGGAGCUCCCACAGUAGAAAGCGUCGUGCGGGUUCUCCUCCGUCAUCAACUUCCAGGGACACGAAGACAAUCUCGAAAACUUCAAGCACCUCGGCCUACAGUCGGAAUUUUCAGCAAAAUCUAAUCGACCACGAUACACAUGCAUCUAAAGAGAAGUCCAUCACAACCUCAGUGAUUCCAAUUCUUGAUGGUGAUAUCAGUGACCCGAAAUGUGUUGGAGGGGACUACUCAUUUAGAAAUCUUACUUCUUUAACUGAUGGAACACUGGCUGCUGCUAAACCAGAUCACUUCUAUGGUGCAUGUCCUGAGCAGCUGAACCAUCAAAUCCGUGUAGAUCUUAGCCAUCAUAUUGUCCCGGAUGAUCUCCCAAUGGCACCAAACUUCGUUUUCGAGGCAAAAGGCCCUGAUGGAUCUCUUGCUGUAGCCACACGGCAGGCAUGUUAUGAUGGCGCACUGGGUGCCCGCGGGAUGCAUGCUCUACAAUCCUACCAGCAAGGUGAACCGACCUAUGAUAACAAUGCUUACACUCUUACGUCGACUUAUCAUGGCGGUCAACUAAAGCUAUACACCACUCAUGUUAGCAAGUCAGACAAUCCAGAUAGUCAUCCUGAAUAUUUUAUGACACAGCUCUGAUCAUUUGCACUCACUCAUACUUCUGAGGCCUUUUGACAAGGAGCUUCAGCGUACCGAAAUGGCCGAGAUUGGGCACUAGAAACAAGGGAUGAACUUACUAGAGUGGUGAAUACAAGGUUCUCCGAGGCUCGGUCUCCGCAUUCAUCUAUAUUCCAACACCGGACGACUUCCGAUUUAACACCCAUCCUGGAUGAUUCUGAUGGGUCAACUGAGCGUGAUGAAUAUCAAAAUGCCCAAUGGACCUUUGCGGCUCCAGUUGAAGAAGAAGAAGUGCCUCGAGGAAAUCCCAAAACGCCGAAGAUCCGUGCCAGCGAGUCCCUUGGUACGGCCGGUCAUGCGGCCAGCUAAGCAACCGAUAAGGCCUCCACACUUCCGAACUGAAGACGUGCACAUGAAUAUGGUUCUACAUCGAUGCUAAAAAUCGUGCUGUGAAUUAUUAACCGUGCUGUGAAUCAUUAUACCCACUUUUUGUGCAAUUCAUUUAGCUAGUUUCCGUUUGAAAUUAUUAAUGGUUUCUUGAUUCUUCGAUCCCAGGGACUCUGUAGCAUUGAACUGAUGUCCACAAGUUGGUUCCACAAAAGACGUUUGGUCCAAACGGGAUGGGGCGGGGAAGUGGCAGUAGUUAAUGCCAAGACAAGGGCAACUUCGCUGGGAGCGAGUUGUUUUAUCCCUUUGAGUAUUACGCAUAAAUACUUCGCACCGCCCUACCACCAGCCUCGUCACGGUGAUAACUGAGUGUAGGGUGUCCUGCGAUGGAACAGUCUCCGCAGCUAUAACGAGGAUCAUUUCGGCCCAUCCCGUUCGUUAAUUGGUCCAGAGGAAUCCAACGCGCGUGCGAACCUUGGUAAAUCUUUUUUCAUAACGUGCUCCGAUCAAACAAUCCUGGGGCCAAGGCAACUCCGUCCACACGCAGCCGGCAUGUUACUGAAAAUAUAAGUCGAUAACGGAAAUUCUGCCAACUGACCCUGUGACUCAAAAAAAAAAUGGAAGAGAAAGAAAAUGGAGACAGGACAUUUAAGCGCCGUGGUUCAUCAUACCCCAAACUCUCUUAAUCUGAACAUGUCCCUCAAAAUACCCCGCCCUUUGAUGACCUUUUGUUAUUAAGUCCUUUUUUAUAUAUAGGAAAACUGCUCAUGCACAUACUCUCCUGAAUAUUUCCUAAUAGAUAUCAAGUGUCAAUUCCUCGAAAGAGUGCACCGUUGCGGUCACUUACCACAAGUCCCUAAGCAAUCCUUGCGGCGAAGCUAGGGCAAAGGAAGAGGUGUGCACUGUAGGAAACUCAGCCCACGCUGUCACCACCGGCGCGGCUGGCUGUGGUCUUCAAGGAUGUUGAUGGGACACUUCCCCCUAGCUAAAACUUCCGCUAGGUGGCUGGAGCGACGGCGGGUUCGAUGAGACGGAUGUUGCCUGGAGCGAAUAUUGACUGAUAACGAGUUUAUCGUCAACCUGACGCUCAUUCGAACUAAGGUUGCCGGUCGCGAUCUCUUCACAUUAUAUACUGUUUCCUGUCUGUUUCGUGCGAACCAACGUGGCGGUCGAGGAAAUCUGUUUUCCGGUGUCAAAUUAGCCUCCGUUGAGUACGUUGAGUUUUGAAAUGAUGCAAGGUAGACCCGGUCGCGAUUCAGGAUCUUUUGUUGUCGCAGCCGCUGCAACACUUUUCAUCAACUUCUUCUCUCGAUAGUGGUUAUUAAGCCCCACCAUUGCCGAUAGUAGUUGACCGUAAGCCCAGAUAUCAUUUCUCUGGCGCAUUUCAAGUGGCGAAGUGAGAGGAUCCGACAUAUCUUGUAUUUCUGGCGCCAGCCAUUCAUGGGCGACCACUUAUAUCAAUUAGAAUGGCAUUCCCCUCGCUAUCGAUCACCACGUUGAAUGUUUUCAAAUCCAUGUGCGUAUUAUUAUUACUGAGAUGUAUCUGGUUGAGGGCUUCAGCAAUCUGUAGCGCCCACCUCCGCCAUGGGUGAUUGCUUCUAUGUGUCUUCUUCAGUAUCCCCUCCAAUGCCCCGCCCGAAUGGUAAUCCAACAGGAUGUGUCGAAUAUGGAUUACUUGAGAUAACGACGGCAACUAGCUGCACAAUGCUUGGUAUACCGCGAAAGAGCCUAAGAUUCUGUACUUCUCGCUGAAGAACCACACUAUCCCAUGGGGUAGAAAGGCCUAUCGAUCUCUUUGUAGAGAAACCUUCAAACUCUAGGCGUCUCUGGGGUUUUUUUUCUUCUUUCCAUCUAGAGAAUACUUUGACGUGCCAUUUGUUGUGGCCCAAACGAACAAUAAUGGCGUUCAGCGAGAGGGCCGGGAACCUCCAAUGCAACGGUAAGACUCGUCUUCCUGGUACGUCCGCGGGACAAGUUUGACGCUACAUAACUCCAUCAGUAUAAGCACUUCAAAUUGCUCGUCCAGGUAUAAAUGUUGGCAAUUUAAGAAUAGCAUUUUUUCAGCCCCGGUCUUGCAAUCCUUGCAAUCAACUAGCUUUAACACUGAAUCCUAUAACUAGAGCUUGGAAGCUUACGUAACGUAUCCUUUGUUUUCUCGGUCGCCC